UUGCAAUGAGGCAUUGCAGCGGGAAAAGUUGUGAGAAUAUAUUCACAUUUGUUUAGUAUUUUAUCGCAGACCAGCAAGUGAAGAACUUUCCAUCGAUUGCGCGGAGGUGUAGUAAGUGCAUACAUAUUUAACUAUCGAACUAUGAGUGGGAACACGCCUUUUAUUGGCUUGCUAUGUAUGGAUCGGAAGGAUGGAAUGAAAAAGGAGAUUUGCAGUUAUAUCGACAGUAAAUAUGUAGAAUAUUUGGUAGCUGGUGGAGCUAAAGUUGUGCCCAUUUGGAACAAUAAAGACCUGGAGUAUUAUUACGAUGUUUUAAAUAAAGUAAAUGGAGUUCUAUUGCCAGGAGGUGCAGUUUAUGUGAAUGAGCACGAUCCUUCACGCUUGGAUUUAACCAAUUAUUAUGUACGAGCAACUGAGAUAAUAAUACGCAUAGCGAAAGAAAAGUUUGACAAAGGUAUUCAUUUGCCUAUUUGGGGAACAUGUCUGGGAUUUCAACUUUUGGUGCUUUAUACCACCGAAACGGCGGCUACAACUUACGGCACGGAUCCACGCGAUAAAUGCCAACCCAUGAACUGUGAUUUGAAAGUGGAGUUUCUACCAGAUUUUCGAGACUCAAGGCUUUUUGCACAUUUGCCACCCGAAUUGGAAAUUAUCAUGCGGAAUGAACCUUUUGGUCGACAUCGACAUAGGUAUUGUUGGACCACUGAGUCAUGCAAAAGUUUUAAUGAUUGGCAAAUUUUGGCAAAAAACACGGACGGAAAUGGCACGGAGUUCGCUUCGAUUAUGGAACACCGCAGGUACCCAUUUUACGGCUCGCAAUUUCAUCCGGAAUCAGACUGCCCGGAGCAUUGCUUAAAAGUAAGAGAAUAUCUGGCAAAGUUCUUUGUGGAUGAUAGCGGCCGCUAUUCUAAUAGAUUUGUGAAUGCCGAGCGUUAUGAAAUACACAAUUUUCCUAAAAUCGCAGGGAAAGGUAAUGACCAAAUCUAUGCAUUUGGUGAAUCGCCUGACUAUCCUGACUAGAAGAAUUUCGCUUAAGUUUAUAAUAAUUCAAGGCUGUUGCAAACUCUUAAUGUUUUUUAGUUUAAUUAU